AUGAACAUAAAUUCUUUACCGUACGAAAUAGUCACAAGUUGCUUUUCUUACUUGAACACAGAGCUGCUCAGCAACAUAAUAUUAUUGGAGAACAUUGAUGAUCACAUAGUUCGAGCUGUAGCUGACCAUCUCAACCAUUUAUGCUAUUCAAAGCGAACUCUAGGGAUCUAUGGAGGAACAAUUAGAGGUAUUGAAGGUAUUGCAGGUAUUGAAACCUACUAUGAGACGGAUUUCGACCGGUUUCUACGCAUACACAAAAUUCUCGAAGAGAAGUCACUCAAAUGUCCUCUUUGGUUCCAUUGUUCGUGGAACCACACUUUUCAAAUGCUUCAAAGUCUCGAUGAAAUCAAGCUGGUUUACAACGGCCAAGAAUUGGGCAUCCAUGGCACCUUGAUUGGCAAGGAGCUUCAAGACUAUUCUAUUUUUUCAGAUCAUGAUAUCAAUCUCAAGAUCACUUGCCUUUCAUUGAGUUUCGCUUAUAACUGUUCUAUCAAUUUGGAUAAUUUUCCGAAAUUAAAGAGUUUUUAUGGCGAAACUUGCGAGACAAUCGUUGACAACAAUCAUCCCAGCUUGGAGAACUUAUAUCUCAGAGAGGUGACUUUCAGCUCAUUACCGAUUAAUUUGAUAAAGUUGGUUGCGAAAAGGUGCUGGAUAAAAAUGAAUGAAAGCCAUCCGAAACUAGAAGCUCUCACAGUUUUGGCUCUAGAAGGCACACAAGAACCUUUCAAUUACUCCUCGCUACUCCGAAUACUCUGGAACGGAAAUUUGGAACAUUUUUCGUAUAUCGGUUAUGAGGUAACAGAUGUGGAUGAACUCAUCUCCAUGAUUGGCCCCAAAGUGCUACAUUUUGGAUUCGCUGGCUAA